GAAAAGGGGAAAAAUGUGGCAGAAGAUGGGCAUGAAAUAACACUCCUCUUCACUGAGGAAGGAGCGAUUGAAAUGGAGAAGGAGAGGGAAGAAUGGUGCAGAAAAUGCAAAUGUGCGAUGUUGGUGCACGUACCAAAGAACUCCUCUGCGCAUCCACCCAACACCUCCUCGCGUCCGACUCAUCCUCAUCCUCCCCCUCAUCCCAAACCCCUUGAGUCUGGGGUCAAAUGGGAAAUAUGGCAUAACUGGGGGUGGAGAGCAUAA